GACAGUUCAUAAAUAAAACAUCAAAACAAAACUGAAAUGCGACCUAACCUUAAAUUUAUAGUAAAAACUAGCUUUGGAGUAUUAUUCUUAUUUUUCUAUUGCGAAUUUUUGAUUUUCUAUGCAGUACAACUUAACUGUGAUUGGCCCCAAUUAGACCCUGAUAACGAAGAUACAUCUAUAGAGCCUUCCAAUGAAGACCCUGUUAAAAUUAUGGUCAUUGCAGAUACACACCUACUGGGUUCCAGAAAGGGCCAUUGGUUUGAUAAGCUACGAAGGGAGUGGCAAAUGUACAGGGCAUUUCAAAGUGCCAUGACUUUGCACAAACCUGACUUGGUGUUCGUACUAGGUGAUCUUACUGACGAAGGCUUGUAUUGCAGCAGCACUGAGUUUGAGUAUUAUGUGAACAGAUUUUAUAGUUUAUUUGCUGUUCCGGAAGGGACAAAAAUUUAUGUUGCUGUUGGAAAUCAUGAUAUAGGCUUCCAUUAUGGUGUGAGUCCGUACCUAAAUCAAAGAUUUGUAAAAGCAUUUGACGCUCCAGUAGUGAAAAUGAUUAGUCUCAGAGGCAACCAUUUUGUUCUUGUAAAUAGUAUGGCUUUAGAGGGAGAUGGAUGCUUUUUGUGUAAGCCUGCUGAACAACAAUUAACAAAAAUUGAAAAAAUUUUAAAAUGUACAAAAGGAACCUAUACCGAAAAGUGUAAGCCAAAUAUGAAAUUAGCAAAAUAUAGUAGACCCAUAUUGAUGCAGCAUUAUCCUUUGUACAGACAGUCAGAUAUGGAAUGCAACGAUUUUGAUGCCGCCCCUUUUCCUAUCAAACAAGAAAGAUUUAGAGAAAGAUGGGAAUGCUUGAGUCAAGAAGCUACUUACCAGUUACUUAAUCAGGUCAAACCUAGGUUGUCUUUGUCUGGACACACUCAUCAUGGAUGCACUCGUCCGCUUCCUGUAGGAGAGGGUUUGGAAGUGACGAUACCGAGUUUCAGUUGGAGAAACAAGGAUAACCCUAACUAUUUGUUGGCUACGAUCACACCCAACAACUACGCCUACUUUAAAUGUGAGCUUCCUAGAGAAUCAACAGUAAUCAACCUCUAUCUCUUCGGAACCUCAAUAUUUAUUAUUUGGUUACUCUACUCAUUAAUGUGUAGAAGCAAACGAAAGUACAAAUUUCGCUGACACAGUUUUGCUUUAUGUUAAUUUUUUUAUAUAUGCAAAGGCUAUCAUUCAGUUAUUACUUCUAUUUAUAUCAAAAUCUGCUUUAUUUAUUACUAUUUUAAACUUCCAUUUUAUGAUUCUUUAUAUUCUCUACUAUCUCGACAAUACGGCAACACUGUAUCAACGUCAAAAUUUUAUGAAAUUUAUAACUUUAUAAAUGAAAUAAAAUUUAUAUGAUUAUACAACUCUGAAUUUUAUAUAAUAACGUCGUAAAAUUACAUGUUUGAAGUCCAUAAAACGGUCAUUCAUAAAUACUAUAAGUCUAGUGGCUAUAGAAAAGAACUUAACCCAACGUGAGCUAAGCCGAUUAGAGAAACUAUAUAGUUUUGUACGACUGACCAAAUUAUAUAUACUUUAUUAUCUAUAAGAUAGGAGUAAGCCUCUGCCUUAAUACCUGAAGAAAGAUUUAUUAAGUGACAUUCUCAUUUGAUUUUAGAUGUAUUUAUAUCAAUUUACGCAGUUAUUAUUCAAAAUUCAGAGGUGGCGCAAUGAUAUGAAAUUAUUGUAAUUUCGAGACCAACCUAUUCAUGUAAAUUUUAUUUCAUUUCAGUGACAAUAUAUUGUAACUAACCGAGUCUAUCUCUGUGGAAGGCGUUGUGAGAUCAUUGUAUUUUUAUUUGUUAUCUUUUAUUGAGAUCUUAAAAUUUUACAGUUUUUUUAUUAUGUGGUACGAUUCCCUAAGAUAUUAAUUUUAUUUUUAUUUGAUUUUAUCGUUUGCAGAGAUCUUCAAUUUUUACAGCUUUUUUAAUAUGUGGUAUGAUUCCCACAUAUUCCAUAGAUAUUCGUCAUUUUGAGGAUUAUUUGAAUCCAAAAUAUGUACAUAUUUAAUACUAUACCAUGUUAUAUAAUGUGUACAUAAUGUUGUUAAUUGUUUUUGUUAUUAGUUAUUUCCAAGCAUUAAGUUACGAAAAUAGGGGGCUUGAGGAAAAUUGGUAUUAUUUUAUUUGUAGUAAUUUAUAUUAUUAAGUUUUAGUAGAAAUAAGAAAUAGACCAGAGCCGAAGACUUUGAAAAUGGGAAAAAAGUGAAAACAAAAAUAGUAAAUGGAUGAAGCCCAUUAUACAAUAAAGAAAAUAUGCAAAAAAUAAAAGGAAAAUUAUUUACGAGUGAUCUGAGUUUGGGAAAUGGAAGUGGGUGAAUUUUAAAUGGUAAGAAACGGUUUAUCACGAUUUUUGGCAACACUACAAGUACAAGGGAAAAAAGUUAAAUAGCAAAGUUGUAAGUAAUAACUCUAUUGGCAUCAACGUGUAAACAUCAGGAUUGGCCGGGACACGUCUGAAGAACUUCAAAUAUGAAGAGGAGUAAGGCAGGGCUGCAUUUUGUCCCCACUAAUAUUUAACAUCUAUUCUGAGUUUGUUUUCCAUAAAGCAGUGGAUGAUGCUCAACGUGGUAUCAAAAUGAAUGGCGUCAAUAUUAAUAAUUUGGGAUACGCGGAUGACACAGUGUUAAUUGCGAGCAAUUAUGAAGAACUUCAACAUCUGAUUAAUAGGAUUACCACAACGUGUGAUGAAUAUGGACUCAAGCUAAACACCGCAAAGACCAAGGUGAUGGUUGUCAGUAAGACGCCAAUACAACCGGAAGUAGUAACAACUUUGGUGAACAAUUAGAGAGAACUAACAGUAUCACCUACCUUGGUUGCAAUCUAAAUGAGAACUGGGACAUGAGCAAAGAAAUUAGAAUACGUAUAGAGAAGGCCAGAGCUGCAUUCUUUAAGAUAAAGAAACUUUUAUUUGGAAACAACAUUACUUUGAAUCUUAAUAUUAGAUUAGUGAGAUGUUAUGUGUUCUCUACUCUGUUGUACGAUGUCGAAGGUUGGACUUUAACAGAUACACUUCUCAAGAAAUUGAAAGCUUUUGAAAUCUGGCUAUACCGGAGAAUCCUACGAAUAAGUUGGGUGGAUAGAGUGGAAUAUUUUGGCCAUGUUAUGGCCUUGUUAAUAAUACAGGACAAGGUAGACGGAAGAAGAGGGCCAGGUGGAAUAAGAACGUCAUGGCUUAAAAACCUGAGAGAAUGGUUUAACAGAUCCUCUGCAUCCCUUUUCCGGGCUGCCGUUAACAAAAUUACUAUAGCCAAUUUGAUAGCCAACGCUCGAUAAUCGAGCACGGCACAUGAAGAAGAAGUAAGUAAUAAAGAGAUAUACAACUUUUUUUUAUUUUUAUAUCAAAAGAAAAAAAUGUUCAAGAAAUUUUAGUCAAAACUUACAUCUUUAUGUCCCAAACAUUCUCUAUUUUUUUAUUUAAAAUAUUUAUUAUUCCCCUUAUUUUGAUUUAAUAUCGAAAAAGCACCCUUAUUUUUAAUCAAAAAUUUUCAAAAAGUUUGUUUCUAUGCUUUUUGUUCGUCGAGACUUCUAAUUUCUGAUGAUGAAAUGAUGGCGAAAUUUCUCAGAAAAUGCAAAAAUAUACGAAAAAACUCGAAAACUUCUUAUUUUUUUCUUUAAUUGUUAUUAUAUGUUCUUUCUUUUUGAAUGGGUUUUAUCUUGUUACCAUUUUUGGUCUAAAAAAUGAUCAGCUAUUGCCUAUAAAAAUAAUUAUGGAAAAAGCCUUGGAUUUGUUAUAUAUUGUGUAAUUUUGUUAUAUUUUUCUUAGUAUUAGUUAUUUCUAAACAUUAAGUUAAGAAAAUUAUGUGGAUCUAAAAAUUGAAAUUAUUUUAAUCGUAGAAGUUAUAUUAUGAAAUUUUAAUAGAAAUAAGAAAUAGAUUUAUACCGAUAUGUGUAUAAAUGGAAUUAAUGUGACAUGUGACAACAAAAAUGCGCUAUUAUUUUAAUAGUAUUAUCACAGUAUUAUUGACGGUUUUAUAUUGUGUUGGAUCAAUUUCCCUUAUUAGAAUUUAUCCCAGUGUUCCUGUCUUGUAUUAUAACAAUGUCAGUAUCAUUUACGAAAUUGUCUUCCAGUUCGUCUUUCCUCCUCUUCUACUUAUAGAAGGAAUUGACCACCAUCAAUUGAUUGCUUCAUCCUUACUUUUUUCCAAUAAACAUUCUCUAUGUUAUUACAUGUUAACACUAGAUAAUAGUGUUAAAUCAUUCUUUCGUUAUGAUCCGUACGACAUACAUAUAAGUGUUCAUUGUAUAUAAUGAAUACAUAUAUGUAUGUAGGUUCUUAAUAGCUCAUUCAAAGUUCUGCUUAUUUAAACCAUAAAGAGAGUGACGUGCAGAAACUAUGGAUGCCUCUUUUUUCUCGCUAAAAGUUUUGUGUUCGCACUACAACAUGUUUCGCCUUUAUUGAGUCUCAUCAAGCAGUAUCAAAUCGAAGAAUGACUCGAAACAAAUAACGACAGAAAUCCUGAUAUACUCUUUCCGGGUCUGUAUUCUCUUUGAUACUGACUUUUAGAAGGAAAAGACAAGCAUCAUCAGCAUCUUUGUCUUUUGCGUGAGUCUUUGCUGCGUUUACUAUUGUCUUCCGUUUUUCCGAACUUAUUUCUAGCUGGCACUGGAGCUAAGAUUGGAAAUAUUAAAGAGGAACUGAAAUUUUCUCAUUCUCAGGCCACCGUCUGUUGAUUACUGUUACGAUUUAGCUCCUAUCGAGUAGCCAUUUUUACAUUUCUUUAAAACCUAUCGAGUAGCCAUUUUUAUAUUUCUGUAAAAGGGGUCACUGUGAUUGCUCAAAGAAGACUGUAGGCUAAAAUCCACAACAACACCUGAUUGAAAUACUCUUAAGCAAGAGUCGAGCUGGUAUGGUGUAGUUACCAAAGAAACAUUUUUCUGGGUAAAUCUGAGUAAAUUUGAUAUUUGUUUUUGUAAUCAUAACAAUCUCGUUGUCGCUUUUAGCUUUAUAUGUAAAUUAAAAAUUAGAUAAAUAAAAGAACACUAACAUUUGUACUAUAUUUUACAGAUAACCAAACACUAACAGAUCUGCACAUAUCACAUACAAUCUCAAGCUUUUAUUUUAUACAAAAGAAUAUUUUCCUAACAUAAAUCCAAAUAAACGACGAAAAUCGUAAGGUGGUCAGUAGUAAAAGUAUAAGUCAAAUAAUAGUUUUUUGCAGAAAAUAUUCUUAGACUCUAUAUACUACUUCUAUAUACUACUUAUUCCCGUGAUUUCGAUCUUGCCAGAUAUCAUGACAAUUUUUUGAGAGUUAUGGACCUCGAUAACCUAUUUCUAUGUUUACUGCAGUGGGUUCAGUAGACUUUUUAAUUAUUAACAAUUUAAUAUGCAGACACUACAUUUAAUUUAUAAAAAGAAACGUCCAAAUCCAUCAAAAAGAACAAGAGAUAUUUUGUAGUUUAAUUUUGAGGUUCAAAUUUCAUUUUUCGAUAUCGCCGAUUUGAAAAAAGGAAAUAACUAAUUAAUGUCGUCCAUAAUAUUCAUAGGACCAUUUUGUUUAAAAUUGGCUACUUUUCGAAUAUGAAAAGUAAUUUUUCCCAGGCAAAAUCAAAAAAGUCUUAUUAUGCUAUCCGGAGAAUCAUUGUGAGUUCAUUUUUUCUGACUUAGGUUAUUGCAAGAAAAAUUGUUUGGAAUAAACAAAUUGAAUAACUUUUACACUAUCUGAUUAAUGAAUGCCUGUACAACUUUAACCAAACUUUUAACUCUAUAAGACCUGACUUUCCACGCAAUAUUAAGGUUGUAGCUUCAUUUUUGCAAUUAUUGCAGUUAUUAAAAUUUAUUGAAAAUUAUGAAUUCUUUAGUUUUUUAUAGUUUUCUAAGCAACAAGUUGGCAAAUCAACUUUAAUAAAUCGCUAUUUGAAAACUUUAAUCAUGUUUUAUAAAACAAUUACUUGCAUUCUUGGCCUUAAAUUGUAAAUAAUUUAUUAAGCCUACCGAAUUCACUGCAUGAAACAUUGAGAUUUUACGUAUUAAUGUCCGUAAAACUCAAAAAAAAACGUCAGAUACCAGGCCGCGUGAAAGUCCACAACUUUUUGAUUUUUAACCUUAUGGUAGGGGAGCAAAGUAUGCUAUAUGUGCAGCCACUCGAGCGCUUUGAGGACCUAUUGGGUUGUGAAGAGUAGGCCCUAAAACCAAAAAAAGUUAAGUCAAGUUUUCCAUUUUACUGGGCACUUGUCCAUUUUUAAUUCAAUUUUCCAUUUCAACAAUCGUUUUUUUAGAUUAUAGUUCCAUCUAUCCAUGUCUCGAAUAAAAGUUACUUAUUUUUACGUAAGGAAUCCAAAUCUGCAAUAAAAAAUGGGGGUACCAUUUAAGAUUUUAAAGUAACCCCCCACCCCUUCUCCGUGGGGGGUCGUGUUUGGUGCCAUUCGAUAGAUUUUUCAAAAAUAUUGAAUAACUGUAUUUUUCAGUUUUUCGAUCUGAUGUUCAUUUCGCAAAAUUUCGCGGGAUUCGUAUUUAAAAUAUUAAAUUUACCCCCCACCCCUCUCCGUGGGAAGUCGUGUUUGGUAUCAUUCGAUAUAUUUUUGAAAAAUAUUGAGCACAUAUUUUUUAGUUUUUCGAUCUGUCAUUCAUUUCGCGAAAUAUUCGCUUUUUUUCUUGUUUAACUUUGGGACUCACCCAUUUCCUUACGCCCCGCUCAAAUCGUCAGAUUUUUGAAAUACUGUUUUGCAUGUACUUAACUUACCCUAUCUUAAUCUGACGAUUUCGAGUUUUUCUAAGGACAGAUUUUUUUUUGGUCCCCCCUUAACGAACUCCCCUGCAUUAAGAGCCAAUAUAUGGUAGAGGUACAUUUUCAGGGUACAAGGUUUCUCCCCGUGUAAUAAUCUGACGUGCUCGAGUAACUGCAAAAAUCCCUGCUUGGGCUCCCCUACCAUUCUUUCUCUGGACUGUUAUCCCAUAAAUAGAGAUAGGACUUAUAUUCACAUGGAUCAAUAUGAGUUGUAUAGUAAAUUAUGGUAUGAACUAUAGUGAUGUUGAUUAUAGUUACUUUCAAGUAUUCGUUACAAAUCGUUACUUUUGUAUAAAGUAAUCAUUUACAGUAUUCGUUACUUUGAUUACUAUGAUUACUUUUGUAUUUGAGUACCGGUAAUCAUAUCGAAAAUCGUAUUUCUCAGUAGGUAGGUAUUUUGUAUAGGUAUUCCGAUAUAACAAGUAAUCAUUUGCAGUAUUUGUUACUUUGAUUACUAUGAUUACUUUUGUUACUUUUGUAUUGGAGUACCGGUAAUUAUAUCGAAAAUCGUAUUUCUCAGUAGGUAGGUAUUUUGUAUGCCCCCCCCUAAAUGCCCUCGUCUAAUUCUAAUAAAACCAAUGCAAUACAUACAAAAUUAAAGUUGUUGAUCAUACUGUAGAAACAUUAUCAUUUCCACAUUUUUCCGGUCAGUCUAGAAAGUAAUCAAGUGUACUGGUUGUAGAUACAAUAGUCGUUACUCGCUCUAAUACGAUUGGUACGAAGUGACGAAGUAAUCAAAGUAAUCAGAGUAAUCAAAGUAGAUACAAUACUCGUUACUUGCUCUGAUACGAUUGGUACGAAGUAACGAAGUAAUCAAAGUAGAUACAAAGUCGUUACUCGCUCUAAUACGAUUGGUACGAAGUAAUCAGAGUAAUCAAAGUAACCAAAGUAGAUACAAUAGUCGUUACUUGCUGUGAUACGAUUGUUACGAAGUAAUCAGAGUAAUCAAAGUAUAUACAAUAGUCGUUACUAGCUCUGAUACGAUUGGUACGAAGUAACCAAGUAAUCAGAGUAAUCAAAGUAACGAUUUACCUCUCUGAAUAGUAAUCGUUACUUUCGGUAUUCGUAAGUAACGAGUACUUUGUAACGAAUAGUUACUUUUUCAACAUCACUAAUGAACUGACUUGUAUUUUUGGAAAAACGUCAAUGGAGAAGUCAAAGAAAAUCCUCAGAACCAACAAAAACUGACUUAUACUCUUACUACUUAUCACCUUAGAAUUAUUGCUUUUUCCUCCGAUUGACAACUAGCUGAAAACUGUCAAUGCAAAAUGUGCUACCUUGUACUUUUUUAUAUGUGCUCAGAAGUGAUGUUUCUAGAGGCACUAGAAGACAGAAUGUCAGAUAUGCAGACGAUAUAAUGCUCAAAAUCAAUGGAAAAAUUCCAAUAGUUGGCUGUAUACCAUAGUUUAAAAAAACUCAUACAGAAGUAAAAUCUUCAAGUUGUAUACUGGUAUAAAAUGGUUUAUUAAAAACUUCAUAAAAAGUCGUGCAAAACGUUUUCGUUCUAAUUCAGAACAUCUUCAGUGCCUAGAAUGAAGUAUUUCCACGUUAGUUGAGGGCAAAAAAGUUAAAAUUGUGACUGUUAAUUAGAGAAAACAUGUGGAGAAUACUUACAUUCUGCUGAUUAGUUGAAACUAGCACACCAAUUAGAGUGGUAACAUUAUAAUAUAUGGUUUACAUGAUAGAUUUAAAUAAAAUAUGGUGAAUACCAGUCGAUGUUGAAGGAUUAAAUUAGUACAUGCUUAAAGGGCAACAUGCUUCCCUGCUGGAAAAACUAGGUACUUGCCAGUUCAAUGGGCACAGAGCAACUGAUAAAAUAGGAAAUGUACUUUCAAUAUGACAUGACAAGAUAAGACAAAGUCAAUUUUUGGUUAAGAACUUCAAAAAGUUAAGUUUUAAGUUCGGAUUUUGAUUAAAAUGUAAUGGUUGUUAAUAACUGUUUGAAAAUGUAAUUAAAAUUGUAUAACAAAUAUGAAUCUGUUUUAAAGUCUAAAUUAGCAACUCUCUAGUCCAGAAAAAAAACUUUUGGAUUGUAGGAUUUAAGGUUGGUAUAAUCCAUGGUUAAAAGUGUGACGUCAUUGGUUGUAAAAUGACAAGAUGGCAGUUUAAUUUAGUAUAAUAAAAUGAGAUAUAUACUACAUAGUAAACAAUUAAUAACCUGGCGUGGAAAGAUUGGAUGGUAAAUAAAGCAAAGUUCUAAUUUUAUAUGUUUUAAAAAAAAUGUACUAUUGGUUGCCUAACAAGAUGAGAAGUGUUUAGAUUUAGCUGCAUACUGUUGUAAUAAUAAAUUCUGUCUGUUAAGAUUGGGUAGGAGUUGUGGAGAAGUUAAAGUAGCUAAAAUAAAAUAAAAAAUAAAGAUCCGGAAGUGAAUGAUAAUCUUAAAGAAAUAAUUUUAAAUAAUAAAAUGAAUAAAAUUAUGUAAUGGCAUUAAUAACAAACAGCGGAAAUGAAAUAUGAGAAAAGGGGAAAAUCUAAUUGAAAUUUAUGUUGUUUUCGAUAAAAUAAAGUAAUUCUAGGAAAUAUAACAUGAUAGGCUUCCAAACGAAGUGUUAUUGUAUGAGUGAAUAAUGGAAAGAAAGCUAACUAAUAUAGGUCUAAGUGUGUGUUAAUGUCAAUAUGUAAUGAAGAAUCUAAAUUUACUAAAUAUCUGAGAUAGCGAACUAUGAGUUUUUUGUAAUUGGUAAUGGAGUGGACAGACUGAAACAAGUGUGAUAUAUUUUGAGUGCAACAGAAAUACUACAAAACAGUACAACAAAAAUAUUUUAAACCAACAAACAAUCGGAGGAAAAAAUCUAUGAUUAACUUAGCGUUAUACAGAUUGAUCACUUUGGUCAAUCUUUUAUAACGCUGUUCUAGGAAAUAAUCUCAGGUUAAAAUCAAGGUACCAUAACACUAAUAGAUGUAAUACUAGUCAUUGUAAUAUAGGUGGAUAAGAAAGUUAAGUCUUUAGUUUAAGAAGUAAUCUUACUUCCUAUGGUAUUAUAAAAGUAUAAAACUAUUAUUUAAAGUGUAUAAAUAAAUGUAUGUAUAAAAUAUCGUUUAAAACAUCCAGAAAAAAAUGGUUUAUGGUCAUUGGGCCCACCAUUUAAAAAAAUUAUUAUUACCUCCCUCAUGAAACUUUUUUUAUUCAGUUCAUAUCGAGUCGAACAACUUUUCUAUUUCGGAAAAUUUUCGGGAUGGGAGCGUUUCGUAAAUAUAGAGGUUUCUAAACUUUGGUGCGUCCUACAACUGGAGUAACCUUAAAAUUUGUCGGGAAAUAUUACCAGUUAAUGGUAAAUAUUUUUAUCAAAACAAUCCUGCAAAAAUCAGCUGUGAGGGUAUAAAAUUUAUUACUCUUUAUGAUACGUGUCGCUCCCCUAUACUUACUUUCCGUGUCCGGAACACCAACAACUCUAAAUUCUGUAUUUCCAAUGGUUGGCCACAUAGAUGGCCCUGUCAUUUGCUAUAAUUAAGUCUUCUUCUGGGCAGGUCUCUCUCAUCUCUGUGCAUGAUAGAUGCCUGCUGGUCUGAACCGCGCCACAGUCGCAGGUAUCGUCCUCCUGGUAUCCCCACUUUUUCAGGUUUGCUAGCACAACGUGAAACGCCGGUUCUUAGUCUAUUUAGCGCUUUCCAAGUCGGAUACGGUAAAUUGUGUCCAGCAGCCAUUUCCUCUGAGGGAGGAAAAUGUGUCGCGGUAGCUGACGCUUACCAUAGGUGUAUUCGGCGCGUCUCUGGCGCUUCGGGGAUGGAUCUUGAUGUUUUCAGGAAGCUUUUCCGAGAUCUUAGUCUACUUGGCUGAGUUUGGUGGUCAUAUAAGGGGUGUCUUCGGUCCGUCUCCUGCUUUUUUAGUUAUACCUCUGACGUGACCUUCCUCCUGAUAGGUGGUGGAGCAAUCCCAGCUAUGGGGUAUACCUCUUCGAUAGGUGUCGGUUUCAGGCAACCCGAUAUUAUACGAACCGUUUCAUUUAGAGCCACAUCGACGUUCUUUGCGUGAGCAGAGUUUGUCCAUACUGGUGCUCCAAACUUCGCGGCCGAAAAACAUAAUGCUAAGGCAGAAGUGCGGAGUGUGUGUGGUUGUGCUCCCCAUUUUGUAUUAGUUAGCUUGCGGAUGAUAUUAUUUCUGGCACUUACUUUCUUCUUGACAUCUUGACAGUGGUAUCGGUAAGACAGAGUUCUAUCCAGACGGACGCCAAGGUAUUUUGGCGUCUCGUUGUGUUCCAGCAUCUGACCACGCCAUUCCACCUCCAACGGCCUUCGGGCAUGCUUGUUUCUAAGGUGGAAAGCACAUACCUGCGUUUUUGUGGAAUUGGGUUUCAGGUGGUUUUUAUCGUAGUAUAGAGCUAAGUCUCCCAGGGCAUCUGUCAGUUUCACUUCGACUUCAUUGAAGGUUCUUCCCUGAGCUGAACAGCUGUAUCAUCAGCGUAAAUAAAUUGCCUUGUUUGUUGGUGUAUGGGUUGGUCGUUGGUGUAUAUGUUGUAUAGAAUCGGCUCGAGGACACUUCCCUGUGGUAGCCCAUUUUUUUGGUCCCUCCACCGACUGUUCUUGGACUGGAGCGUUAC